AUGAUCAGCAUCUAUGAUAUCACCACUGAGAACGAAGAACGAACGCUUCGUCGCGCUUCUACAGGGGAACGUCAUCGUUUCGGCAUUCGCGCUCUCCAAGAUGCAGAAACGUCCUCCUACAGAGCGUCUGCUUGUUCGACUAUUCCAGCUACUCCAUCUCUUCACUCCACAAAGCCGCUACAUGGGCCUGGCCAGUGUAUACUGAAUUCAUCUACUCGAGUAGCUGGAGUGGACAUUGAUAGGCUUGGCCAACUGGUUGGGCUACUUGAGUUUCCUGGCAAGCCAGGAAGACGAAAAAAACUUGCAUGGGAGCCUGGUUAUGCUAAAGUAUGUCAUUUUUAUUUAAUUAUAGCCUAUUUGGCAUGA